AUGUCCAAGGAGAUACGCCACAUCGCCCACUGGAAGCACCCCCUGGUGCUCCGCGACACCGGCGGCAGCUUCCGCUGCGACGGCUGCAGCUGCCUCGGCGUAGGCUCACACUACCGCUGCGACCUCUGCGACUUCGACCUGCACGAGUUCUGUGCCACCUGCCCGCCGGCCGCGACCUUCGCCUUCCACGGCCAGCAUCCGCUCACGUUCGACCGAGCCGGGCCCAUGGAUGGUGCCACAUGCGACCUGUGCGAGCAGUCCAUCCAGGGCACGCUCUACGGCUGCCGCACCUGCAAAGUCUGCGUGCACCCUAUUUGCUCUCAGCUGUCGGCCACGGCCCCGUCGCCCAUGCACACGGCGCACACCUUCGUGCUCGCCGUCGGCGCGCCGGUCCCAUGCACGCUAUGUGGCACCAACUGUUUUGGGCGCUACCAAUGCGUUCCCUGCAACAUCUACUUGCACCCCAGGUGCUUGCUCGGGACUGACGUCGAUGCUCGCAAAGAUGUAGCAGGUCCUGCCUUUGAUGAAUCGAUCUCUCCGAUAUUGCUGCCGACUUGGCAGGGCCACUAUGCAGGGGCCAGCGCGAUGAUCCGGAUGGGUCACAGCAUGGCCGAUCUGGCAUGA